UUACUUUUAACAUAGAAGUUUUAUAAAAUAUGCCUGUCUAUAAUUUAAAUGCUCGUAGACGACAAAAUAAGUCAAAAGAUUUCAUCGAUGAGAUUCUAAACUUGGACUCAGGAUCAUUAGACGAAGCUUUAAAGUUAGAGAAAUUUCUAGCAGACGAUAGUAUUCUCAUUAAACAAGAACCUGAAGAACUCUCAAUGGCCGAAGUAAGAGACAGACAGAAGAAGGAUAAUCAUAAUAUGAUUGAACGACGACGACGCUUCAAUAUAAAUGAUAGAAUAAAGGAGCUUGGAACAUUACUGCCAAAAACAAAUGAAUUUCUUUUUGAUAUUAUACUAGACUUGCACAUUCGACAGCCAAACAAAGGUACAAUAUUAAAAUCAUCUGUCGACUACAUCAGAUGUCUCAAGCAUGAAGUCAAUAGACUAAAACGAAAUGAACAGAAGCAAAAAGAUUUGGAUAGCUUGAAUCGGCGACUGAUAACGAGAAUUCGGGAGUUGGAGGCCUUAGCACGAAAGAGUGGUAUCACUAUCAAGGAAUUUGAUCUCAAUGGCGAAGAAUCUACUGAAGUGGUUCACGAAACAAAUCAGCUGAAUCCGAUUGAGCAUACAUCAACAUUGGAAAUUAUUGAUGCAGAAGAUGAGGAUGCCAAAAAAGUCAUUAAUCUAGCAGAACUUGAAGAUUUAAUAGAAUGUGAUACAGAACUGAAGUUUAAUGAUCCAUUACUGUCUUCCUUUCCAUUAUUUGACACCCCACCAUCGUCAUCUCAUUCAAAUUCCAUUCCAUCAUCACCGUCAUCGAUAUCAACAGAUUCAACAUCGAGUAGUAAAAGAACGCGAUUAUCCAAAAAUUAUCAUGAAGAGCCAUUUAAGGAUAUGCCAUUCGAACUAAGUCAAACGACUGAUGAUGAUGAUGAUGAUGACUUCGAUUUGAGCAAAGAAAAGCAGCGAUAUAAAAAUAAGAGAACUAAGCUCAAUAGCAGCAUAAGUAACAUUAGUACAAGUAACAAUAGUAGCAGCAACAACACUAACAAUAAUGAACGAACAAGUGCCUUGAGUCUAAAAGACCCCAUGAUGAUGUCGGCCUCGCAUUCUCCAUCGCAUUUUUCGAAUGAUUUAAGCAGUUAUAUGGAUCAAAUGUUUUUCUCGUCAUCACAAUAUCUAUCACCGGGUUUGGCAGCUGACGAUACAAUUGAUUUGUGUACAAUUUUAAAAACAGAGAGUGCUCUAGGAUACGACAAUGAUAUGAUCAUGAUUGGAUGAAAUUUGUCUUUUUUUCUUCUUUUGGUUUCAUUUGCAUGAUUGGGAUAGUGAGUGAAAAGAAAUGAAGGAAAAAGGCACA